AUGGAGACUCAACAGUUGCUGCCGGAGCUCAGUGACGUUCAGUACUGCACUGACGUCUUACAACUCUCCGUUGACCAGUCGGAAGCAGGCAUCGACCGCGAGCUUGUUUCAAAGGCCAAAGCUCUCGGCAUUAAGGCAACAUUGCCCUCCCUUUCCAGCUACAAUCACAACACCUCGAGUGCUGCAUCGCAAUCAACCGAAUCAACCUCGCAAGACCAAGUCUUCUCGACGCCGUCAGAUGGGACUAAUAGCGCGUACUUGACGCCUCAUUCCUCUAUUUUUGGCCCUCCAAGCCCAGAUCCUGCAGCACCUGAAUCUGCUGCUAAGCCGCCCCGAACCUACAACUUUGGCCCCUACGAAAAGUAUCUGGCACAGAACUCGGCAACGUUCGACGAGUGUCGGAGAAAAUCGAGCGUAGGCGACAGCUCGGGCCAAAGCAUAUUCAGCGUCAGCACCAAGAAAAGCUUGUCCGGGCUCAGAAAUCGAAUGAAGUUGAGAAAGAGGCCGUCACGAUCGUUGGAACCCGCUUCAUGCUUCAAUUGUCGAAGCGACUUCAAGAGUGCAACGGCCUUGCAGCAUCUAGCUUGCGGCCACAGCUUUUGUUCUGGUUGCGUCAGAUGCAUGGUCGACCAGGCGUCUUCUGACGAGUCCAAGAUGCCUCCACGAUGCUGCCUACCCCUACAGCCAUCAACAAUACAGGCUGUUUUGGAUCCUGCAGCACAGGAGGCUUUUCUCAAAGCUGUCGUUCAAUUCAGCACGCCAUGGCAGAGGAGGGUUUUCUGUUCGAAGGCCACUUGCGGAGAAUUUAUUCCAUAUCGAAAGCACGCUGACCCUAACACCCCUUUUGUCGCCACAUGCAGAAAGUGUUUGACGCGAGUUUGCACGAUCUGCAAGGCCGAUGCCCAUCCCGUUGGCACAGACUGUCCGGAGGACCUGGAAGUUGAGAGUGCGCCCAAGAUCGGCUCCAGCUCUGGCGUGCGGCGGUGUUACAGGUGCCGCGAUUUGGUAGAGCGAACUGCCGACUCAAGCGACUUGACGUGUCCUUGCGGUGCGCAGUUCUGUGCUGAUUGUGGCGGGGUGUGGGAUUCGACUAUCGGCUGCCCAAAUAUUUGCGGCAGCAGAGGCAUGCAUGGUUACGCUGAUGGCGAGGCAGCUACAUGCAAUGGUCUCUCCACCGACGAGGCAGCGGAAGAGGCAGAGAUGCGCGCCGCAAGGCAUCCCUCUAUCCAGUCGUUGCUGCGUGCACAAGAGCAAGAAUUGCAGCGGUUUCUCGACUUCCAAGCGAGGACAAAAGACGUCAUGAGCACGCGGCGUGCAGAACGCGAGGCCAUUCUGAGCGAUCAGCUCAUCACACAGGAAACACAAUUGAAGGAAAGGCAGGCCAGGGCAACAGCCGAGCUGGAAGACCAACAGAUCGCCGACGAAAUGGAGCUGAGGGCAGCCUUGGAUCUGAGUCAACGGACCGUCAACAUGCGGAUCAAGCACAUGGAAGCCUAUUGCGAUGGCAUGGGGCAAACCCCGACCGAGUCCAACUUGCCGCCUCGCGUGGUGACAGAACAGAAUCUAAGGGACCUGGGACGCCAAUACAACCUCCGCGAAGACAUGGAGCGUCAACAUACCUCGAAGAUCAACAUGAUGCGAGACCGCCAGUCCAAAAGGAUGGAAGAUCUUAUCGAGCGUCAGGAGGACGAGCUUGAGAAGCUCGCGGACGCGCAGAUGGAUGAGCGGGACACACUACGCAAAGAUUUUACCCGAGAGGAUGAGGCUGUUGGAAGCGUUUUCGAGUCACGUCAGGCAAGACUGACGGCACGAUGGGCUCUUGCCAUCAGAGUGAUGUGCAAAGAACUUCAGGUCUCGGACGGUGUACGAUACGCGGCAGUAUCGCCUCCGAGCUGGCCCAGCGUGAACAUGGCGGGCAUGGAGGAUGCCUCCAUGUCAACAAGGGAGUAG